AUGGGCCUGAUGGGAGCCUUUGAGGGCCAACUUCCCCAGCUGGAGGGCGUGGCCCAGCCCUGGGAAAGCACGGGGCUCUGCCAGGGCGCCCUGAUCACCUGGUACCACCAUCAGACGGAUUUCGGGAGCACCCUGGCCAUCCUGCCUCCCAGGUGUCCGGGAGCGGGCAGCGUGAGUGCAAUAUUCAGACCGCUGGUGCCCAGGACAGCACGGCGGUGGCCUCCGCCUCCUGGACGCCUGGACGCUGUGGAGGGAGCGCCCUUCCCCACUUGGGGGUGCAGGGACCAGAGGCAGAUUCGGGGCAGCGCCCACGGGUUCCAGUCCCAGGGAGGAAGGCGUGGCCCUGGCCAUCCCCCCACUGAGGCCAAGCGAGAAGUCCCACCUGUUUGUGAGUUACAGAGGCGUGGACGCCACGUGGACCCGCGGGCUCUUCAGUCCCUUGGAGGCGGACCACGCGGGGCUGAGGGUCUGCCUGCACGAGCGGGACUCCACGCCGGGCAGGAACGCGCUGGAGAACGUGGCAGACUGCAUCCAGCAGAGUGGGGGCUUCGUGCAGAGCCGGCGGUGGCUGCUGGAGGCCGACUGUCCCUCUUGGGCUCCUGCCUGGAGGGGAAGCCGGUCAUCCCGGUCGUACGGAGGGCCUGCCGGGUCCCGCUGCACCUCAGCCUGACCUGCCUGGAGGCUGCGGACAGCCGCUUCUACCCGAAGGAGGCGCAGCUCCUGUGCCUCCCCAGCCAAUGUGUGGCGUGCCCCGGCCCUGCGCUCGGCCCCCACGCUCUACAGCGGGGACACCUGCUGACCCUGGACUGCGUCAACAGGGGCAACCUGCCCUCGUGGAAGGUGGGCACCUUCAGCACCCUGGGUGUCCCGGACCCCUUGAAGGAGGUGCUGGAGGACCCCGAGGUGUACAAGCACGCCGUGGGCACCGUGAGCGGAGCUCGGUCGCCCGCGUCCUGCCUGCGGUACCGGGGCUGCAGGAUCACACUUGGCAUCGUCCUGAUUCUUCUCUCCUCGGCAUCGCUGUUCCUCCCCUUGCUUUUAGGGCUCAGGGAACGCCACCCAGCUCAGCGGUUCCUCCUGAUCACCGCCAAUGCAUUCUUCUGCCCCUUCCUCAUGGUCUUCAGUGUUAACGCCCUGUGCUGGUUCCGAAGGUUUUCCAAGAGGAAGACGCGGGAGCUGGUCCGCAGAGCUGGGGAGGCCAGCCUGCUGCUGGCGCCGCACUCGGCGCUGACGGGCUGCGAGACCAGGAACAGACCCUGCUUCGUGUACGUGCUGCUGGGGGACUGCAGGCGGGCCCUCCUGGGCGCCCCCGAGGGCGAGGCCCUGUUCCAGGAGGCCCUGCUGCCGUUCUCGCCCAGCUACACCUGCUGCCUGGCCCACGCACGCCGCCCCCACCGCGAGGACGCCGCGGGGGCCCCGGGCCACGUGGAGCUGGGCCUGUGCUUCUGCCAGUUCGUCUCUCUGCAGCUGAAGAGACUCGGCGGGCUCGGGGUUAAACCCGUGUGACGGCUGGAGGGCCCUGCGGACGGGGCUGCGCUGAGCCCUGGCUGGUGCACGCAGGCCUCUCCCCUUGGUCCCCUGUGCCGAGUGUGGUGGCCCUCAGGCCCCUGCGUCCUGCCAGGCCAGAGCAGGACUGACUGCGGACCGGGCGCCCUUUCUGCCCGUGGCCUCCCCUCCAGCUCCGCCCCAGCUCCUAACUGCAGACCUGGUGGCUUCUGCUUCUCCUUCCCCUUUGGGUGGAGGGCGUGCUUGGGGCUGCAGCGACGCCCCCUGCAGCAGGGGGCGGUCCAUCCACCGGCGCUGCCCCUGAAGGCUGGCUCCGCUUCUGCUGACGCUGUUCAUCCCCGAGAGAGCAGCCUUGGAGCGCGAACUGGUUCUGGGUGUGGGGAUAGCCGGGCAACCUGAGAGUCCUGGCUGAGCGGCGUGGCUCCCAUCGCUCUGUGCCCCCAGGGGAGCAGGACUCUGGCCGGGGUCCCCAGAGGUCCCUACGCACCAGGGCCGGACGUUGGAGGUGCACAGUGGCCCUGGGGCUCUGUCCUGGGCCUCAGUUAACCGAUCUGUAGAUGAGCAGCUGGCAGAAGUUCCUGGCCCUCCUCGGGGAGCCCCGGCCCGCGGCCAGGUGCUGUGCUGGCGAGAGCUUAGCUGAGCCCCUACGUGGUAUCGUGGCCCCAGAGCCACUUCGUUUGGCCGGCAGCCUUGCAAUCAGCAAGUGCAGGCGCGGACAGCAGCCCCAGAGCCACAGGCCAGUGCAGGCUCCUGAGGGGCCUUCCCAGCAGCCCCGUGAGCCACAGUGCCCUCCCUCCCUGGCCUGCCUUCCCCUGGCGCCCCUUAGAUGAGACCCCCAGGGUAGA